AUGCCGACCCGCUUCUCACAAACUCGCAAGCACCGCGGACAUGUCUCCGCUGGUCACGGUCGUGUAGGCAAGCAUCGCAAGCACCCAGGUGGUCGUGGUCUUGCUGGUGGUGCUCAUCACCACCGUACGAACUUUGACAAAUACCAUCCUGGUUACUUCGGUAAAGUCGGUAUGCGAUACUUCCGCAUCACGCGCAACCAAUAUUGGAGCCGCCCGAUUAAUGUGGACAAGUUAUGGACGCUUGUACCUAAGGAAGAGAAAGAGGGAUUGACCGAGAGCUCGGAUGUUGUGCCGGUUAUUGAUACUCUGGCGGCGGGGUAUACUAAGGUGCUUGGGAAUGGAUUGCUUCCGAAGUUGCCUUGCAUCGUAAAAGCACGAUUCGUGUCAAAGCGCGCAGAAGUAAAAAUUAAGGAAGCAGGCGGUGUCGUAAAACUCGUCGCAUGA